AUGGUGCGCUGGCAACCUUUGCUGUUCGCCCUUCUUGUGGCCGGUGCAUAUGCUACCACAGAUGAAAAAACCAAAUCUGAGUCAACUACCGUACCUUCUACUUCCCCUGGCAGUACUUCCCCUUCCGAAACGACGACAAAAUCGACGACGACGACUUCAGCUACCAAGGAAACUGAAGAGGUAAAAGAAAAGGAAGGACCAGAGACUAGAAAUGAGACAGCAGCUGUGAGUAGGGCAAAACGUCAAUGCUGCUUUGCUGCUCAGAACUCAUGCUGUCCACAACAGGUUCAGUCUCAAUGCAACUGUGCUGCUCUUCAAAUUCAGGUUCAACAAUGCGACUGUGCCAAUAUGCUCCAAACACAAUGUGGAUGUCCAUCAAUCUCAAGCCCAUCUUGUGAUUGUGGUACUCUUCAAAUGCAAUACUCUUCCUGUGGAUGCGGUGCUCUGAGCUAUCAAGUAUCAUGCAAUCAAUGCCAACAACAGCAAUCUCAGCCACAGAUCAUCGUUGUCCAGCAACCACAACAGCAAUGCUCUUCUCAGUGUAUGCCAGCUUGCUUGCCAUCAUGUGUCCAAAGCUCCUGCGCUCCAGCUUGUCAACCAAUGUGCUCUAAUUCUUGUGUUCAGCAGCAACAGCAGCAGAUUAUUGUCGUGCAACAACCACAACAACAGUGUGCUUCUUCCUGCAUGCCAUCCUGUCAACCAUCGUGCGUCCAACAGGCCUGCGCUCCAGCCUGCCAACCAAUGUGCUCCAAUUCUUGCGUUGAGCAGCAACAGCAACAGAUCAUCGUCGUUCAACAACCGCAGCAACAAUGUGCUCCAUCCUGUAUGCCAGCGUGUCUUCCAACUUGCACAAGCGGAUGCUCUGGAAACAACUGCAACAACAAUGCUCCACAAGUUGUCGUCGUUCAACAAAAUAAUCAGAACCAAUGCGCUUCAUCAUGCAUGCCAGCUUGCCAACCAUCUUGUGUUCAAGCUGCUUGCGCUCCAGCUUGUCAGCCAAUGUGCUCUUCAUCUUGUGUCGAACAACAACAAGCCCAAAUCGUUGUCGUCCAGCCACCUCAGCAACAGUGCACAUCUUCCUGCAUGCCAGCUUGUCAGCCAAGCUGUGUCCAACAAGCCUGCGCCCCAGCGUGCCAACCAAUGUGCUCCUCAUCUUGCGUUGAGCAACAACAAGCUCAGAUUGUCGUCGUGCAGCCAACAACUUCUUCUUCCAACGCCUGUGCUUCUUCAUGUAUGCCACAAUGUACUCCACAAUGUGUUCAACAACAAACUAUCUGUGCUGCCGCCUGCCAACCAUCCUGUCAAUCUUCAUGCAGUUCAAAUGCCCAAUGUGUUCAAGCUUGCCUCCCAAGCUGUGAAUCCUCGUGUGUUCAACAGCAACAACCAGUUGUAGUUGUCCAAGAUGCUCAACCGUCCUGCCCAUCGGCCUGCCAACCAUCAUGCUCUCAACAAUGCAUUCAGACUCAAAACAUCUGUCAGUCUGCCUGCCAGCCAUCAUGCCAAUCGUCCUGUGGUAGCAACACCCAAUGUGUCCAAGCCUGUAUUCCAAGUUGCCAACAAACCUGUGGACAGCAAGCCCAACCGGUGAUCGUUGUCCAGCAACCACAACAGAACAACUGCGUUCAGUCUUGCCAACCACAAUGUCAACAAACAUGCGGAUCAAAUGUGCAAUGUGUUUCUGCAUGCCAAAAUAGCUGCCAACAAUCGUGUGGAAACCAACAGCAACAAGUGAUUGUUGUUCAAUCCAAUCUAAUUUGUGGACAAGCUUGCCAGGCACCACAAGUUCUUCAAUGUGUUCCACAAUGUCAACCAUCCUGCCAGCCAUCGUGCAUGCAACAAUACCAAUUUGUGCAAGCUCCAGCCAUCACAAUGUGCCAGCAAGUCGGAGGAUCAUGUGGAUGUGGAAGUGGAUAUUCUCAGUGCAUGCAAGGAGUUUGCUGUCUUCGUAAGAGGCAUAGACUCGCGAAGAACAAGUUGUAA